AUGGGCAAGCACGAGGACUUCGGGUCGUGUCACUGGCCGGUCUGGCAGCUCGACGAUUUUUCCGUGUGCUUCCAGGUCGACUAUUUGAGGACAAUCCUGCCGCUUUCGGUCAUCGCCAUAUCCAUACUCGCUCUUAUCACAACAAAUAUAUCCGCCAGGAUCAGAGAACGAAACGCAAAGUUGUACAAAAAGAUCCCGACGUCCCAUGACCACACGGAGCUGCCACCAGAGGAACCUCUUGUGGUGAACGAGAACGAUGAGGACGACGAAGAGGCGCUCACCAUGGGCGGCGGCGCCCCAGGCCGCCUUGCCCUAGUCAAGACGACAACCAAGGGUUCCAUCGUCCAGGCCGACAGCCCGCGGGGAGAGCAGGUUAUCGUCAUUACCGAGGAAAUCAUGGUAGCUGGACUUGUCGCCAUCAACGUCAUUGCGCUCAUCACAAACACUUUUGCGGGCCGCGGGCGACUUGCGGCUACCGCUGGACUGCUCACCUGGCUUUACGUCCUCGUCCUCGUGUCUCUGCGUCUCUUCCUCGGCCACACGAAGUGGCGAGUGCCUCACCUUUGGAACCACACUGGGAUCAUCUACUUCUGCCAAUGGCUCUUUUCGGUCAUGAUCUUCCGCUCGGCGCUGAUCCAUCCCAGCAGUCGCUUGGCCCAGAUCCUCGUCAUCGUCGAGUUCUCGUUGACUACGGCCCUCUUCCUCAUGACCGCCAUGACGAGAAAAGGAAACAAGAUGGUUGCACUGGAAUGGGAAGCAGGCAUUGAGCCAUCGCGUGAGCCACUGGCGUCGGUCUUCUCCCUCUUGACCUUCUCGUGGAUCGAUCCUCUUCUCAGCAAAGGUUACAAGGCGCCGUUGGAAAUGGAUCACGUUUGGAAUCUCUUACCCAAGGACAAGGCUGCCAACGUUCUCGCCCACUACCGUCAAUUCACCAAGACGACUUCUCUCGUGGUCCAUCUCUGCAAGUACUUCAGCAGCAUGUUGACCAGUCAGUGCAUCUGGGCUGUCAUCGGUGGCCUCUUCACCUUUGCACCAACCCUCCUGCUCAAGGCAAUCCUCCAGUAUCUCGAAGAGCCAGGCGACACGCCGCGGAAUGUUCUAUGGCUGUACGUCAUCUUGCUGCCCGUGUCCGACAUCGUUCGCUCCACCGCAGAUGGUCAAGCACUAUGGAUUGGUCGCAAGAUUUCUGUGCACAUUCGUGCCAUCAUCAUCGGCGACAUCUACGCCAAAGCGCUCCGCCGCAAGGCGGCCACUGGCAAGAAUGGUGGCUCAGGUGAUUCCGACGAGGCUGGUGCUGGCCAAGAGACCAUGCUCGACAAAAUCAAGAUUGCACUCCGCCUGAAGAAGAGGAAGGAGAAGGCUCCCAGUGUCAACGGUGCCACCACCGAUGGGGCGAAUGUGGAUCCGACCAAAGACGCCGAAGACCAAGCCAACAAUGGAACCAUCAUCAACCUCAUGUCCGUAGACAGUUUCAAAGUCUCCGAGUGCACCGCCUACCUUCACUUCCUCGUUGCUGCUGCGCCGACGCAGUUGUUUGUUUCCAUCGCACUUCUGUUCCAGGUCCUCGGUCUUAGCGCCAUUCCUGGGUUGAUUGUGAUGGUCUUCCUCCUACCCAUCAACAUCAUGCUGGCGAAGGGAUUCAACUACGCCCAAAAGAAGAUCAUGACAGCUACAGACAAGCGCAUCCAGACUACGAACGAGGUCAUGCAAAACAUCCGGAUCAUCAAGUACUUUGCCUGGGAACAGCGCUUCAGCAGCAUUGUAGAUGAGAAGCGGGAUGCAGAACUCAAGGCUCUGCGGCUUCGCUACAUGAUCUGGGCCGUCGCAGUCGCGUCGUGGAACACAGUCCCCGUGCUAAUUACCUUUUUCUCUUUCCUGGUAUACACCAAAAUUGAAGGGAAGCCGCUGUACCCAUCCGUGGCCUUCACAUCGAUCUCUCUAUUCUUGCUUCUACGCGUUCCUCUAGAUCAGCUUGGCGACAUGAUUGCUCAUGUUCAGGAAGCCAAGGUCUCCAUUGACCGUGUUGAGGAGUUUCUUAACGAGGACGAGACCGAGAAGUACGAGCAGCUUGGCGAGGACAAUGUCGAUGAGAACGGCAACAAGGUUAUUGGAUUCCGUGAUGCGACUUUCAUCUGGGGCAAUAAGGACAUUGUCAGCACUGACGGCUCCAUGGCAUUCCGCCUCCUGGAUCUCAACGUCGACUUCAAGAUUGGCAAGCUCAACCUGAUCUCGGGACCCACUGGCUCCGGCAAGACCUCUAUGUUGAUGGCACUCCUCGGCGAAAUGAGCAAGAUCAAGGGCGACGUCUUCCUCCCUGGUGGACGCAGCCGUGAAGAUGUGCGUCCCGACCCUGACACGGGUUUGUCUGAGACGUGCGCCUACGUCGCGCAGAGCGCUUGGCUCGUCAACGCGAACAUCAAAGAAAACAUCCUCUUCUCUGCGCCUUUCGAUCCCAAGCGUUAUAGAGACGUUAUUGUGGCCUGUGCCCUCGAGCGCGACCUUGAAAUCCUCGAUGAUGGCGACGAAACCCUUGUUGGCGAAAACGGCAUCACUCUAUCCGGUGGUCAGAAGCAACGAAUCUCACUUGCUCGCGCGGUAUACUCCAGCUCACGUCACCUCUUGCUUGACGAUUGUCUCAGUGCUGUCGAUUCUCACACUGCCAAGUGGAUCUUCAACAACUGUAUUCUCGGUCCUCUGAUGGCCGACAGGACUUGUAUCCUGGUCUCGCACAACACGACUCUGUGCGCGCCACUUUCGGACUAUGUCGUACUCAUGGACAAUGGACGUGUUGAUGCUCAAGGCACUGCCAUGGAGGUGAUUGAGACUGGCAAGCUGGGCGAAGAAUUAAUCAACAAGUCUCGUCCCGGAUCUGCUCACAUCUCUCACGUGCCCUCCCGCGUUCCGUCAAGCGUUGGCGAGGAAAGUGGAGCUGCGACACUGGUUGAUGACGGUGGUAACGGCUCAGCCAUCAACAAAGCCCCCAAGAAAAAGAACUCGAAGCCAAAGGACGCGAUGGACGAAGCCAAGGUCACUGGUGCUGUCAAAUGGUCCGUCAUUGGCCUCUACCUCAAGGCUAUGGGCAAUUGGUGGUUCUGGGUUGGUGUCAUCGUGGUUUUCGCCGGUCAGCAGUUCAGUGGCGUCGCUUCCAACCUUUGGAUCAAGGAGUGGGCCAACCAGUACGUUGAAGUCGAGAGUGUGUCGUCCUUGCACUUUGGCACGGCUCCCCAUGGCUCUGUCAGCUCGUCCAUCUCCCCGACUUACUUCACCUCCAUGAUCCACUUUGCAAAGACCGUGGGUCGACCGGCCGUAUACGCUGCAGGAGAUGUGCCUGAAGUCAACGUCGACUAUUAUCUCACUGUUCUGGCCGCUAUUGGCCUCGCUGGCGCAGUCCUUGCCCUGGCACGUGACCUGUGGCUGUUCUUCGGUUCCCUGACUGCGUCACGGAGCAUCCACAGCAAGUUGAUGUCUGCUAUAUCUCGGGCCAAAUUCAAGUUCUUCGACGUCACUCCAUUGGGACAGAUCAUGAACCGGUUCAGCAAGGAUCUCGAGGCUAUCGAUCAGGAAGUGGCACCAGUAGCGAUCGGAGUUAUGAGCUGCGCUCUCGCCAUCGUUAUCACCGUUGCGAUGAUUGCCGCAGUGACUCCGAGCUUUCUCAUCGCCGGCGUCUUCAUCACCGGGUUGUAUUUCGUUGUCGGCAUGUUUUACCUUCGAGCCUCGCGCGACCUCAAGCGGCUCGAGUCUGUCAAUCGCAGCCCCCUAUUCCAGCAGUUUGGCGAGACCCUCUCUGGUGUCACAACUAUACGCGCCUACGGCGACGAGCGGCGCUUCAUCCGCGAAAACCUUACCAAGGUCAACAAGCAGGCUCGCCCAUUCAUCUUUCUCUGGGCCGCUAACCGCUGGCUUGCGUUCCGCAUGGACCUUUUGGGUGAUUUCGUCUCCUUCUUCGCUGGUGUCUUCGUUAUUCUGAGCUUCGAUGCGGGCCGGAUUGACGCUGGCCUUGCUGGACUCUCCUUGAGCUAUGCCAUUGGUUUCGCCGACAACGUCCUGUGGCUUAUCCGACUUUACGCGAUGAAUGAACAGAAUAUGAACUCCGUCGAGCGUGUCAAGGAGUACCUCGAAGUCGAGAAGGAGGCGGAGCCGAUCAUCAAGGACAAUAGACCGCCAGAGAAUUGGCCUGCUCAUGGCGGUGUCGAGUUCAUCGGUUAUUCUACACGUUACCGUAAAGAACUCGAUCCGGUGCUCAAAGAUGUCACGCUCAAGAUCAACCCUCGCGAAAAGGUCGGCAUCGUUGGUCGGACUGGCGCAGGGAAGAGUUCGCUCACGCUGGCCAUCUUCCGCGCGCUCGAGGCGGACAGUGGCAAGAUUCUGAUUGACAAUGUGGAUAUCGGCAUGAUCGGUUUGCAGGAUCUGCGUGAGGCCAUCACCAUUGUCCCGCAGGACCCUACUCUGUUCACUGGCACUAUCCGCAGCAAUCUCGACCCAUUCCACCUGUACACCGACGACCAGAUUUUUGCUGCCCUGCGUCGCGUCCAGCUCAUCGGACCGGACGAGGUCGUCGUGUCCAAGAACCUGCUUCCCACGACGCCGACCAUCUCCUUCCCGGAUGACGCCGCCGCUAGCACUGGUGCUUCGACCCCAACUGCUACCAACAAAAACAUCUUCCUCGAUCUCUCGGCCAGCGUCGCAGAGUCUGGCAGUAAUCUGUCGCAAGGUCAGCGACAGCUUCUCUGCCUUGCUCGCGCAAUGCUCAAGAACCCCAAGGUCCUGGUCAUGGACGAGGCCACUGCGUCUAUCGACUACGCGACGGACUCCAAGAUCCAGGAGACGAUUCGUGAGCUCACCAGCACGACCAUCACAAUUGCUCACCGUCUUGCUACCAUUGUCGACUACGACAAGGUCUUGGUCUUGGACCAUGGCGCGGUAGUCGAAUACGACCACCCGCACACUCUUCUUCAGAAAGAGGACGGCCACUUCCGGAGCAUGUGCGCAAUGAGUGGCGAUCUCGAUACGCUUGUCAAGGCUGCGAAGAAGGCGUGGGAUGCUAACAAGCUUGUCGAUGACGAGUAG